AUGCUACUCUAUUACUUUAUAUCUAUAAGGAUAGAGGAAGUUCAUAAGUCUAUAGCUUGGAGAGGCUUAGUAAGAGUGCCUAGCGAAGAUAGAACUGAUAUAGCGCUAGAGGUCCGGGAAAUCUUAGAUCGGGCUAAUACUUAUACUAAGGCUAUUCCGUCGGAUAAUAAUAUCCUAGAAGUUAUCUAUUUCACUAAGACGGUUCUUAAGACGCGACUCUUCCGGCAGUACAGAGAGCUUCACGUAGAUAAGUCCACAGGCAAAGCUCGGGGGGUAGAUACUUUUAGAAAGGAGUUUGUUGAGCUAAGUUACCGCAGUAGUUACACGCGGAAUAUCACGAUUCGUGCCUACCGCAGAUAG